GCCUGCGGGGUGGGCAACCGGGUUCCCCACGGGGCCUCCCCGGGAUCGGGGGUGCGCGGCCGCAGGUUUCGGGGUGGACGUCUGUGCCUUCGGGCGACGCGGGUCCAGGGAGAGCCGCGUGGGAAGGGCCACGCGGCUGCGGCACCUGCCCCGGCGCGUCCUGACUCGCUCGGAGCUCGAGCUGGAGUCCCAGGAAGGAGCUGGGCCCAGUCUGGACCCCGGGGGUGCCGGGGCGCUGUGCUUCCCCACGCUGCUGUAUGGAGAGCGCGUCCCCCACACACACCUGAGUCCCAGGACUGGGACUGGGCUGGGUGCAUGAGACAAAUGGCCAAGGCGGCCGCUAACUUCCUGGGCUUGGUUAAUUCCCUUGGGCGGCAUGGAGCACCCUCACUCCCUGAAACUACAAAUCACCGACUUCCAGCCCCUGUGCCUUCGCCUGUCAACCCCCGGCUGCCAGACACGUCAGUCUUCUGCUUCCCAGUCCUACUUGGCACAGCGUCCACGACUUGGAGCAUAGCUGCUCAGAUCCUUAACCACCCGCCACCCGCACCCCCCUCACUUUGAAGCCCAUCCUCGGGCCACAGGGUCACUCUGUGAAGUACCAGGUUAGGGAGCCCAUGGAGCCGCAGGCCUACGCGUCUGGCCGCUUUGUUUGGCUUGUGUUAGAGGUCAGGGCAGAGGCGCUGUUCCCGCUGAGUCACUGACCUGGGUGGGUUAGUGCCCCUCCCUUAGGGCCCGCAUUUGUCAGGGAAAUAUGUGGGAACUGGUGCUUUCUGGAGCUACCUAUUGCUGGCUGGGGAGUGGUACUACCCAUUCUGAGGUCCCUGGCCCCAACAUGGCCCGUCGCUCCCAGAGCUCCUCACAGGGGGACAACCCACUGGCACCUGGGUACCUGCCACCUCACUACAAAGAAUACUAUCGCCUGGCAGUGGAUGCGUUGGCAGAGGGUGGGCCUGAGGCCUACAGCCGAUUCCUGGCAACUGAGGGGGCACCUGCCUUUCUGUGCCCUGAGGAGUUGGAGUAUGUGAGCCGCCACCUGAAGCCCCCACAGCAUGUCAUCCGAGAGCCCUCAGAAGGCAGCCCUCCUAACGUGGACUUUGAUGGCUCUUCAGGCACAUACUGGCCUGUGAACUCAGACCAGGCUGUGCCUGAGCUCGACCUGGGCUGGCCCCUGACCUUUGGCUUCCAGGGCACAGAGGUGACCACACUGGUGCAGCCACCACCACCUGAUAGCCCCAGCAUCAAGGAUGAGGCUCGGAGGAUGAUCCGCUCUGCCCAGCAGGUGGUGGCCGUGGUGAUGGACAUGUUCACGGAUGUGGACCUACUGGGUGAGGUCCUGGAGGCAGCGGCGCGCCGAGUGCCAGUGUACAUCCUCCUGGAUGAGAUAAAUGCGCAGCACUUCCUGGACAUGGCCGACAAGUGCAGAGUCAACCUGCAUCACGUGGAUUUCCUUCGUGUGCGCACUGUGGCGGGCCCCACUUACUACUGCCGCACGGGGAAGUCAUUCAAGGGCCACGUGAAGGAGAAGUUCCUGCUCGUGGACUGUGCCGUGGUGAUGAGUGGCAGCUACAGCUUUAUGUGGUCCUUCGAGAAGAUCCACCGCAGCCUGGCGCACGUGUUCCAGGGCGAGCUGGUCUCCAGCUUUGAUGAGGAGUUCCGCAUCCUCUUCGCCCAGUCGGAGCCCCUGGUGCCCUCGGCUGGGGCUCUGGCCCGCAUGGACACCUACGCCCUGGCCCCCUACGCGGGGGCUGGCCCCCUGAUGAGCAGUCAGAUGGCCAGCGCACCGACCCCUUUCUCCUUCCCCAAACGCGCACACCUUCUCUUCCCGCCGCCUCGGGAGGAGGGCCUGGGCUUCCCUUCCUUCCUCGACCCAGACCGCCACUUCCUGUCGGCCUUCCGACGGGAGGAGCCCCUGCGCAUGCCGGGGGGCGCCCUGGAGCAGCAUGCGGGGCUGCGGCCACUGGCGCGGCGGCUCGACGCCGAGGCCGGCCUGGGCGGGGAGCUGGCGGGCGGGAGGGGCUUCUUCCAGGCGCGGCAUCUGGAGAUGGACGCCUACAAGCGGCAGAGCUAUGCUGCGGCCGACGGCGCGGGCGCCGUGGAGAACUUCGCGGCGGCCCGGCAGGUGUCGCGGCAGACCUUCCUCAGCCACGGCGACGACUUCCGCUUCCAGACCAGCCACUUCCACCGCGACCAGCUCUACCAGCAGCACUACCAGUGGGACCCGCAGCUGGCACCGCCGCGCCCGCAGGGCCUGUUCGAGAAGCUGCGCUCAGGCCGACCGGGCUUUGCAGACCAGGACGACUUCGGUCUUGGUGGGGGGCCCCGCUUCUCGGAGUUCGGCAUGGAUGGACACCAGAAGCUGGACUACGUGCCGUCCAGUGCCUCGCGCGAGGUGCGCCACGGCCCAGACCCCGCCUUCGGGCCCGGACCCGGGCCCCGCGGCCUAGAACCACCAGGGCCUUCGCGCCCGAACCUGGGCCAGAGCUUCCCGUGCCAGCCGGUGACGAGACUGGGCCCCGAGCCCAUGCCUGAUGCAGAGCCAGAGCGCAAGGGAGGACCCGAGGGGCGGGCCGGGCUGCGCCACUGGCGCCUGGCCUCCUACCUGAGCGCCUGCCAUGGCGAGGAAGCUGGCGAGGAGGGCCUGCCGGUGCCCAUGGAGACAGAGGGCUAUGAUGAUGACGUGUUAGUGCCCGGGGGCAGGGGCACGGCUGGGGAACUGCUUCCCUCCGUCUUCCGCUUGCCCACAUCCUUCCCAGCCAAGGGCCCUGCGCCCGGCACGGGCAGCGGCGGGGGCGACGGCCCCGAGCGCGAGGGCAUGGAGGAGUCUAGCGUGACCAAACAGGACUCUUUCCGCUCGCGCCUGAACCCGCUGAUCCAGCGCAGCUCCCGCCUGCGCUCCUCGCUCAUCUUCAGCUCCUCACAGGCGGAGGGCAGCGGCGGGGCAGCCACGGCCACCACCGAGAAGGUGCAGCUGCUGCACAAGGAGCAGACAGUCAGCGAGAUGCUGGGCCCCAGCGGCGAGGCCUUGCGCUCCUCCACCUCUGCUAAAGUGGCCGAGCUCCUGGAGAAGUACAAGGGCCCUGCGCGCGAUUCUGCUGCCCCGGGAGCUGCGGUUACUGCCACCAGCCACAAGGCGGCGGUGGCCCAGACGUGGAGAGAGGAGGUGAAGCCAGGUGGCGGCAGCGAGCGCCGCAGCCUUGAGAGCUGUCUGCUUGACCUGCGGGACUCUUUCGCGCAGCGGCUACACCAGGAGGCCGAGAGGCAGCCGGGAGCAGCCGCACUUACCGCCACGCAGCUGCUGGACACACUGGGUCGCAGCGGCGCCGACAGGCUGCCCUCACGUUUCCUCUCUACCCAGGGCCGCUCCACCUCCCCUCAGGGGCGUGACAGCCCACCGCCCCUGGAGAGGCCUGGAGGGCAGCAGGCUUCCCGCACCGAGCCAAAGGGGAACCCCACCUCUGCCUUCCCGGAGCGGAAGGAGAGUCCCACACAGAGAGGAAGCCCGACGGCAGGAUUUAGUGAGCGGAGAGGGAGCCCCACCCCCACGGGUCUGGAGCGCAGAGGCAGCCCGGUGCCCACAGUGCCAGAGCGCAGGGGCAGCCCGGUGCCUACAGUGCCAGAGCUCAGGGGCAGUCCGGUGCCCCCGGUGUCAGAGCGCAGGGGCAGUCCGGUGCCCCCGGUGCCGGAGCGUAGGGGCAGCCCGGUUCCCCCGGUGCCGGAGCGCAGAGACAGCCUCACACUCAACUUCUCCGGAGAGUCUCCGAAGCCCGGAUCCCUGGAGGAGGCGGCUGGCGGCCCCCUGGAGGUGCUACGCAAGGGCUCUCUGCGCCUCCGGCAGCUCCUCAACCCCAAGGGAGAGCGGCGCUCUGAAGAGGAAGGGGGCUUCCCCGUGCUGCCUCAAGAGAACGGCCAGCCCGAGAGUCCCCGGCAGCUGUCGUUGGGCCGUGGCGACAGCAUAGAGGCUGCCGAGGGGGACGAGCGGAGCCCGCGGGCGCGCCUAGCCUCUGCCACGGUCAAUGCCUUGUACAGCAGCAACCUGCGCGAUGACACCAAAGCCAUCCUGGAGCAGAUCAGUGCCCAUGGCCAGAAGCACCGCGGGGGAGCCGGGCCGGGGCAGGCCCACAGCAGCCCUGAGCUGGUCCGCCCCUCCGUUGGUGGCAACCUGGCCCCUGAUAUGUCCGACAAGGACAAAUGUUCAGCCAUCUUCCGCUCGGACAGCCUAGGGGCUCAAGGCCGGCUGAGCCGCACACUGCCAGCCAGCGCGGAAGAGCGUGACCGUCUGCUGCGCCGCAUGGAAAGCAUGCGCAAAGAAAAGCGUGUUUACAGCCGCUUCGAAGUCUUUUGCAAGAAGGAUGAGGCUGGUGGCGGCUCGGGUGUCGGGGAGGGCCCAGCAGAGGAGGACACAAGGGACAGCAAGGUGGGCAAGUUCAUGCCCAAGAUUCUGGGCACAUUCAAAAGCAAGAAGUGAGUGCCCUGCCCCCCCCCCCAGGCCAGGCGCCUGUCACUGCCACCCCCAGGCUGGCACCUGGGCUUCUCGCCAAAGCAGUCUGGAGCCCGCUGAGCACAAUCGGAGUCAGCUGGGGGCUCGCUCAUUCAGUGCCUCUCACCCCAUCCUCCCACCACUACCCAAGCCUUACUCCUCUAGCUCCUGUCUCUUACUUACCCACAACCUCUGAGUCCUUGCAAACCCCUCUCCCACCCACCCCCCACACCUUACUGAAUUGCCUCCUUCCUCUCAGGGCUGCAGAGCCUGUUUGAGCCUUUCUUCACCUCAGGAUCCCUCUGUGCCUUGGUGCCAUCUGACACAGGACCCCAGCUCUGUGCCUUAGUCUCUGCUUCUCUUGGAGCCUCACAUCUCAGGGUCUCUGUUCUCAGGUUCUCCUCUGCCCUCACCCCACAGUCCCUUUUCUCUCCAGAGCCUCACUGCCUGCCCAGUCUGCAUGCCUGGUUCCCUAGACCCUGGUAAUCUUUCUUAGUGACUGUUGUUUGGUUAUGGGGUUAGCAAGACUGGUUGUGGGUGGCUUAGGAGGCAGUGGAGUUGGACUAGAACAACUCCCCUCUUGGAGUGGGUAGGAGGCCUACCCUGCCAACAUAGUCUCCAGCAAGGCUGGAAGAAACCAGUACAGUGGACUUUGCAGCCCCAUAACCCCCAGCCUGGAUAGAUGAUGUGGCCUCCAACAUGCUGUCCCCUUGCAGGAGCCACCCCAGCUAUGCCCCAGAAAGGGGCUGGUGUGGUGCUUGCUCUUAAGCAGGUGAGGAUGGGGGGUGGUGCAGUAGCAUCUAGGCCCCAGUCCACUGCAAAGGGGUUCACCUGCCCCCAGCUGACAGAAAGCACCCAGCUGACCUUUUGUCUGUCCCCAACCCCAAAAGUGUGUCCCAUUAAUUGUAUUUUUUUUUCACCUCCAGAGAGUAACCUUGAUUUUAAAAUGACACAUUUUGGGAUAUAUAUAUAUAUAUAUAUAUAUAUAUAUAUCCCCAAUGUAGGUGCUAGCAUUAUGAGUUGAAUUGGUUUAAAGUACAUAUUCAGUCACUCAACUUGGGAAAGGAUUUAAGGAACUAGGCAUUUGAACAGCUGGGAAAGGGAAGCAGGGUCGGACUUUGAUCUGGAGAUACUUCGCCCUGACAGCUCAUAUUGUGGUCACCAAAGCCACCAUCUGCCACCACCUGACGGGUAAUUAGUAGGAACUUCCAUUGAGAUGGAAAAGGUCCUUUCCUGGAUGAGCUGAAGCUGGAGAUUCUCAGCAGUAAUGACAGGCUUGUCUGUGGUCAGGCUGUCCUAACAGACAGGUCCUAGUCCUCACAAGGGGACAACCUUCUACCCCUCAGAGCCUCCUGUCUGUCUCUUCCCAUGUCCUGCUGUUAAGACAUUUCAAAUGUGAUUCUGAAAAGUUUGGUCUUAACAAUAAAACAGUGUGCAAACUAAUUUGACGUUUACACACAUACACACA